ACUUUUGUGGAAAAUACUUAUUUGCAAAGUUAUGGCCUUUACAAGUACUUGAGGAGCAUUCACAUAUAAGGAUGUUAAGGUUGCUGUGAAGAUGCCAAAGAUGCUACGCAGAGCUUCAAUGGUUACCUUUUGGUCUGCCUGGUAACAAACACUCCAUAUUUAGGCUAUCUCUGGUCCUUAUGUAAGUAUAAUCCCUAGGAAAAUCAGUUUUAGCUGCAAUUAAGAGCCCAAAGGCAGCCCUGAGGAUAGAUAAUAGGCUAACGGUUUAACUCUGGUAACCACUGGUUUCAAGGGGAUUAUUUUGCCAUUUUAUAUCAUUAUUUAUGGAUUAUACAAGGAGUGUGAGAGUGAGUGCCACAAAGCAAUGGUAUCUUUGAGGUGCAGACAUUAUUUAUCAGCAGCUGCAGGAGAGGCAGUUUCGUGGAAACCCAUGCAACAAAUCUUUUUAGCUGACAUAACACUUGACAAACCCUUCAGAAAUACAACCCUCUUAGCACUUCCAUUCUGCUGCAGCCCUAGGGUAGUGGUAGUGGCCUGCCUUCAGGGUGAAGGUUCUAAUUCUGUUUUGUGUUUGUUUGCACCUGUUCCCAAACUGAAGGAUUAGCUUGUAGUAGCUAAAGAUAAUUAGGAAGAACUGAGUUGCUGCUAUCUUUGACAUCCUACAAUGCUCUGAAGUUGUUUUGCUCUGAUUGCUGUUUGAGGAAAACAGGUUGGAUUCGGUGCCCAGAAAAGUGGCAGGGCUAUGCUUUGGGCUUGGUUCAGCUUGGUUCAGCCUGGUGAAUUUGCCAGCAUUAAAAACUUUUUGCAAGAGUGAUCUCUGAAUUGUUCAGCUGUGUCUCUGAACAGAUGUGUGCCUUGGGACCUCAGUUGCAUCUCCACUUGUCAUCUACUAUGCUGAAUUUCAGAGAACUUGACUGUACAGGAUGUCAGACUAUGAAUUAAGAAUUUAAAUUCCCUCCUGUGCCUAGGGAAAGGUGAUUGCCUUUUUGUCAUCUUGCUGUGAACGUGCCUCUCGCCUGCUGACUGCUUUAGAGAGAUGUUCAGGAGCUCCUGCAUUUGCCAUUUAUUUCCAAUUCUGUGCCAUUCCCUCAGUUACACCAGGACAGCUCUUUGUGCAGCCACACAAAAACAAACCAGCCAGGGGGGAAGUAUAUUUAGCCAGCAGUAGAGCUGAGGGGCUUAUGCAUGCAGAGUAAUGAGCAAACAGAGGGGGAUUUACUAUGUAGGAGCUGAUUAAACUGGCAUGACUCAGCCAUUGGAAAUGUCUGUAUGAAGAAAGGGAAUCCACAAAAGCCAGUAGGCAUUUUGUCCUCUCUUCACCUAGUUAGCUUUUCAAGGAUGUUUCUCCUUAUACGCAAUCUAUAGUACAGGCUGUAGUUUGCCAUCUUUGUGAUUAUUUUUUUAAGCUUUUGCUCCUACUGUUUAAACAGUGGGGCCCACUGCCAUGCAUGAUUCAUGCAUACAUAGUUUUGCAAGUGUCUAAGGAGCCUGUUUCUCUCUCAAAUUAUCCUUCUAUCAUAUAACAAGAACAAAGCUGGGGUAUUUUACUGGAAGUAUUCCAUGCAACAAAGCCCAUGUUAGCUUCAUCCUGUUGUUUAGAACACUCAUUUUCUGAAAAGGCUAACUAUCAAAAUGUGUUUUCACAAAUCUGGAAAUAUUUCACCAUCUUAAAAAAAAAUAAAAAAUCAGUUGCAUCUGGUGGUAAACUGAAAAAGUAUCAACCUUUUCUUCUGCCUUCAAUUUGCUCAGUUGGUUGUUCCCAAGAUGUACCCAAGAGACCAGGCAAAUCAAGCAGAAUAUGUUGAUUCAUCUGAGUUAUCUGUAACAGAAACAUCAUCUUGUUUUCCUUCAAGGUUAUUGUAUUUUGAUAAUCUACUGCAGCGUCUUUGAUGUGGAUCACUUUAUUUCUAAAAAAACUGUCUUCACAUGGUUCAGAAAGCUACUGACCUGACUUCAGAUUCAGCAUCCUGAGAAGGAUUGGUGUUACCACUGAAAACAAGGAUUGAAUUUAUCUCUCUAUGAUUUUGAGAAGAUGCUUAGGAAAUAGAUCUGUUUACAGCUGUAUUAGCAUCUUCUGUUUUUGACUUAGAAAAUCAUUACUUGAAAACUCAGUGGAUGUUCUCCAUAAGCUGCUCAGCACUGAAGUAGUUAACAUAGCCGGUGCAACAGUAUUUGCCGACUGCUGUUGAAAUCUGUUGCAGCAAGGUCAGAAAAAUGUGAGUAAGAGGCUAGCAAGUCUGCCCUCACCACUGAAGGCUGCCUCUGGGUGAAUGGCAGUAGAAGGAGGAAUUUUUCAUGUGGGGAGUAGGAGUGAAAUGUCCGUAUUAGAAAGGAAGCAACACCUUGUAAAACUAUAAAAGUAGCUUAAAAUAAUACAGAAUAGCAUUUUUAUUGAGGAAGUGAGAUACUUUACUGUCCCGCUAAUGGUGCUAUAACCCUCUUUCUACUCUAAGGUUAGCUUAAGUGUUUGACAUACAAAUGCUAGUGAGCAAAUCAAGUUGGUUACUGAUUCACACUUACUUACACAGGCAAAGUGGGAGGUAAGGGUUGCUUGCCCUCUCUAAGUGAAGGUCUUUUUUCCUUGCCGCCUGCACUGACACUGCUCUGCUUCUAACUGCAACACUGCAAUCCUUUGCCUAUGAGGGAUUCACAAAAAUAUAAAUGAAUACCUUUUCUCUAGGAAAAUUCCUUCUUCCUACAUCAACAGCAGCUAAAAAAAUGAACAGUUAACUCAUCUGAAAAACUGAGAUUGCACAGGGUUUUUCAAUGUUGCUAUGUUUUUGCGAUAGCAGCGCUUCCUAUCACAAGAGGGUGAUUACACCCACCCCAUCUUUGCCCUUUGUGGUUAGUGUUGCUGGAUUAAUUUAUCCCUUUUCCAUCCUAUCUCUUCAGAGUCAUGACUUGUAGUGCCAAUACCCCCACAUUCUGCACUGAACAUGCCGGAUUUCAGUGCUCCCCCAUCUAUCACAUAUGCAUGUAUCUUAACACUUAGUCGUGGAAUACCCUUCAUUUUGGUGUGUCUGCUCAAAAGACAACAUUUUCCAGAGCAUAUAAAACCACCUUGCUGGUAAAUGCGGUUGUGGACAGCUGGCUGAACCUGCUCCUCACAAUUUAUUUGUGCUUUGAGGCUGGCAGUGCAGUAGUUCAGGGGUGAAAGGCCCACUCACAGUGGUUCUACAUGUACUGCUCUUACACAUGUAAUUCCUGUUUUCCUCUAAAGACACCUUUCUGUAGGAAAAGGUCCCACUAACUCAAACCACUGACUCCUUAAUCUCCCUAAAUUAUGGACUGAUAAUUUGUACUUACUUAUUUUAAAACUGGUCAAUGUGCAGUACCGUGUAUUGUGCAGCUUCUUUCACAUGUUCUUUGACUAAGUCCCUGCUUAUAUAACUGGUGUGUAAGACCAGACCUUCCUACAAGAGCCUGAUGAUGUGAACAACUGUGUAAAAAUAGGUAACACAAGGAGAAGAAAAAAGGGUUAAGUGAUAGCCUGUCAAUGUUCACUAGGAUGACUCUUAAACACGUUAGAGAACUGAGGGGGUGCAGAGCACGUGCUUCCAGCAGCAAGCGCUGCAGGGGAAGUCUGCACUGGUAAUAGAAAAUUAGGUGGAGGAACAGAAAGCAAAGCAGUGCUUGUUUUCAAGGGUAAGGUCUGAAGCAGAUGAGAACAAAACUGUAUUGAGAUCUGAAAACAGCACUCAUUCUAAAAAACCGCACUGACCAAUUUUCCUUGGUUUCACAAAACUCUUUUGCUUAGGAGUCAUACCAGGUAAUAGGGAUGAGUUUAGUAUGUUGACAUUUUUAAGUGAGUCCCCAGAACACACACUUAUUUGCAAAGAAAAGCACUGGUCUUAAAAAAAUCAGUGUGACCACUAAUCUCUUAAGACCUUGACAGCUGCCUGACUGCAGCAUUACCAUUCUCUGGGCAAAUAAUUGGAGAAAUAUGGGGAUGCAUAGAGGAAACUAUCUUACAGAGAGGGAACUGUUUACAGGGAAAGGAGUAAUUUUAGUUUAGAGAGUUUUCCAUCCUAUUUUAAAAGUUCAAGUGGCGUGUAGGUUUGGAAGGAAAAAAAGAGAAAAAGAAUACUGUGUUCUUCAGCUCUACUGUGCCCUUGCUCAUGAAGUCAUGUCCUAGACCCCAGGAAAAGAGACGGCUGUGGGAUGACACAAUGCCAACCUGGAAAAUUCUGAUUCCAGACAGGAUCUAAGGACCACUCUGUGGGAUUGAGGAAGUGCUCCAGCACGAUCCCAUUGCAAAUAGCAGUUGCAGAGUUCUUGAAUGAAUGAAAGGAGCAAGGUGACACUACAUCUGUAUAAACUAUUAGCUAGACAGCUAUUAUAAUAUAGUGCUGCUUUUAAAAGGAUGUUGGAAAGCCUGAAAGAUUCAGCAGUGGCAAGGAUGAUUCAUAGUAUGGAAAAACCUGACUUGUAAAGAGCAGUAACAGUUCAUUCCAUUAAGUUUAACAAAUGUAAGGGUAAAGGUGAUUUAGACUUUGGCUAUAAUUACCAGUGCAAGGACAGUUUAUCUAGUAUUUCAGCACUUUCUAGUUUAGUUGUCAUCGUAUAAACCACUGCAUUGCAAGACUGGUCUGUUUGCUCAAGAGGUGCAGAGAAUCCUGACCAGAUGUAGUGUUGUGGGAAAGGCUGAUCUUGAAUGUAUUUGUCAGAAAAUCUGUUAACACCCUGGGUAACAGGGGUGACUUAAUAAUGCUGCAUUUGGAAGCUUCACAGCUUUUUUUUUUUCCUGAAAAUCAGCACUAAUAUUCCUCAAGGUCUAUGCACUAAAACUUGAGAAAGACAUCUGCAAUUGCAUACAGCAUCAGUUCUAAAGGUGCCAAAUUUGGUCAAUAACCCUUUCCAGGAAAGAGCUGUUGUCACACAGUGUGAUGUGAAUGCACAGUAGACUAAAGGCACAUUUACUGACUUUGAAGAAACAGUCUUAAAGGUAAAUUUUCUAGUUCUAGAGCUAUUUCUAAUAUUACAAAUCUCAGGAUAAGCUUGCUUCCCCAGAGCUGCUGGUAGCAGGAAAUAGCAUUAUGUGUUCUACUGCCUGAGCAGUAAUCAAUGUCCUCUGUGUAGUACCCUGCCAUGCUAGUCAAAACAGGCAGAGUAGUUGGAGAUUUUUCCUCCUUAAGGAAUUACACAAAGACAUUCUACCAGAACCUUUCAACAGCAAUUACUUUAGUCAGAAACUGUUAGGAAACAGAAAAUUUCAAAAUUCAAUAAUCUGUCUGUUUAAUAUAUGAGACAUGAGUUCAGCAGAACAGUUCAUUGUGAUAUGAAGAAGUAUCCCUAGGUACCUGUGAGUAUGGGAUAAGAUUCCUCACUCUGUCAAGUUUAGUGUUACAGGAGAUGCUUUCUCUUUCCUGCAGUGUUGUGCUUUUCGGGGUACUUGGGCAUUAUUCUCUAUAAACCUUAAAACCUACAACAAAAAAUGUCUAGAACUAAGGGGAAAUUAUAGGGUAAUUUUACUACUUCAACCAGCUGGAAAGCUAUGGCAGUCUUGAAAUAAGGUUUCUUCCACAGCCAACAGUUCUCCCAGGCUUCUGAGCACUCACCAUUCUGUGGCCACUUCCUCUCCACCUGCUGGUUGCCCCAGAAAAAUAUCAGAAAGCGUACUUGGAUAUUUUUUUAAACCAUGAACUGCAAAAUGAGCUGCAACAGAGGUCCAGGCAUGACUAUAAAUGUCACGCUUCAGAGCAUGGAAAAGCAUUCCUAGCAAUGGCCAUGUAGAAUUUUCCUGCAGAAAAUUGAGCAGGAAGUGGAGAGCAAGGAUCUCUUCACUGCUGUUGACUAAACAUAUGCUGUCCAUAUGUUGGAUGCAUCAACUAGCUGGGGCCAAAGAAAAGCUGCAAUAGCUUCAGCUUGAUUUUUCUGCUAUCCAGAAUGAGCCCAGUAUAAUAGGUGCUGAAUUAAUGAAGAAGAAACAUAUGGAGACAGGCAGUCAUGCAGGGGUGAAUCCAUUUCGGAAGUGAUAGUGGUAAUUCAAGAAAUCUUUAGUGAUGGUUUCAGGCUUCACUUCCCAGACCUUUGUUCUUUCAAGCAAAGUUUAUUCUUUCACAUGAUGGACUCUGUUAACCAUACACACACAAAGUUCUUCUAUAACUAACCUGAACCUUCGACUUUAAAUGCUCUGCCAAGUCCUUUACAAACCCCUUUCUCUUGAAGGAGAAGAUACAUUAUACUCAGUAAUGGAGCGAAACAACAACAAUGUAGAAGAUUUUUCCUUGAAUGUUUUUUCUGUCACUCCUUGCCAGCCAAACAGAUCUGAUGCCCUGGUGUCAGAUGGGGAUAAAGCUGGCACCACUCUGCUCUUUUCAGGUGUGUUUUUGGGACUGGUGGGGAUCACUUUCACUGUGAUGGGAUGGAUAAAAUAUGAUGGCAUUACUCACCUGGAGUGGACUCAGUUACUAGGGCCUAUUCUGCUGUCUGUCGGGGUGACUUUUAUUCUGAUUGCUGUUUGUAAAUUUAACAUGCUUACAUGCAAGCCCUGUAAAGAAAGAGAGGAAAAUACGUCGGAACUUGACCAGGCUGCAAGUGGACAGUCCUUUGUCUUCACUGGCAUUAACCAGCCUAUAACUUUCCAUGGUGCCACAGUGGUACAGUACAUCCCUCCGCCGUACCCGUCCCAGGAAGGCGCUGCCGUCAGUCCCGGCUACCUUCACCCAGUGCUCAGCUGCUGCGGUGCUGCUCCCGCCAGCACCUCGCCAGUUCUCACCUCGGGUUCUCCUCACUUCUGCCCUGCCUACGCCCUGGACAACCUGGCUUUUACUGGAGAUGAGAACUACACUGCUUAUCCUGCAGAGAAUUCCAGGAAUCAGAGGUCAGAAGACAGUUCUGAUGAACCAGAAGGACUGCUGGAAGACUAUGCCUGUAAUAACUUGCCACCUCCACGUUACGAGGAAAUAUACCCUUUUUCUUUAUAAAAUCAUCAUGGACAAGAGACAACAAUCCUAAGAGAUGCUAGCAAGAAUCCCAGAAAAUCUUUUCUUUAAACACUUGUGUGAUAAGACAGUGUGAGCAAGUUCUUGAUAUUCAUACACAGUAUCACUGAAGGUAUUCCUUUUUCUCUGUCAAAAUUCAUUAGCCCUUUGCAAUGCAGCUUAAUUGCAGAGCUAUUAAUUAUUCAAUGGCUAAACUAUUAAUAGCAAAGCUAUUAAACUCAAGGAUCCAAAUCCAUAUUAGGAUUCCCCAAAAAGAAGCUUGAUUUUCAGACUUGCUGAAACCAGGGAGAGCUGUGAAUACACAAGAUGUUUGUGGAAGAUCAUGAUUGCUCCUGGACAUUCAGCAUCUUUAGAAAAUACUCGAUUUUUUCUUGAUGUAUUUUCAUUCUUGAUUGCUUGGGAAACUUCAAAAGUGCUCAAGUGUCUGAUCCAUUUAAGAAAAUGCAUCAUCUUGCAUUUUAUGUCUUAAUUUUGUCUGAUUCUUUAGAAGAGCUUACUCAUUAAUAAGUCCAGUCUACAGAUUAGACUUUCUCAGCUUGCUUUACCUAGACAGCCAGUCCUGUUGCACAACCCAGUCCUGUAGGCAUUUUUUUGGAGCAUCCUGCUUGAGCCACAGCAUCUCAGAACAGAGAAAACAAAUAGUGACUUAUGACAACUUUUACAUAGAUUUCUAAGACAUCCUGCAUGCAUCAAAUUCAGUUCCCUUCCCCACCUGAUGGGAGGCAAAGCACAGUCUCCCACCAGGAGUCCUAAUAAGUAUGAAGUUAAUGUCACUAAAGAAAAUGGCAUCUUUCUGAAGCCUCAACAGAGAUGUGUGAUCCUACCACUGUUAAGGACUUCAACAGUCACAGCUGUUGCACCCCACUCUGUGGGAGGGCGAAACACCUCUGAGUUGAAUGUGGUUUUAGGCACACAACCCAGGCUGCAGGUUGCCCCCAGAGUACUUAGGCAACUGUGGGCUGUAGUGAACUUUCUUGUUCAAGUUCAGCUUGGUUCCAUGCAUUGAAUCCACAACAAUUUGAGAUAAGCUCACUUGAUUAGAGAAUGGUGUUGCUGAACACCCAGACUAUGGGUUUGAUCCCCGUAUGAGCCAUUCCCUUAAGAUUUGGACUUGAUGAUCCUUGUAGGUCCCUUUCAAUUAACAAUAUUCUGUGAUUCUGUGAAAUAUAUUUACAGCUGUAUUUAACAAAAGAUGAAAUGUAUUAGCUCUGAAAUUUUGCAGUCCAGAAUGAAGAUCCAAAAACCUCAGAGCAAUGACAAUGCCAUGAGUCCCUACAUUUUUAAUUUAUUUUUCCACAUAUAUUUAAGGUUCUACUUUUGAAUGUUCCUAGAAGUGCAACAAGCCAGAAUUUCCCUGCAAUGAUCCCAUUAGGUUUGCUCAUGUCCAGCAAAGCAAAAGCUGAUCUCAGCUCUCACCUGCUGGAGUGGGCACCACACAAAAUGCCCUGGAGGGCAAUGGUCACUGUCCAAAGUAACCAAGCGGGGCACUGCUGGUGUGCCUGUGGGUCAGUCUCCUGGCACAGAACAGCUGAAAGCAGGCAUGCAUUAUGGAAUGCAUCAACUUUCUCUUACUUGUCAAUGCAGCUCUCUUGGCUCUUGCCAGAUUUCAUCCACCUGUGAUUGAUCUCAUUCCUGGAAGCUGGAGAAGCUUGGCAUUUGAGCACAGGCAGUUGCACACCAACCUGAUGUACCUGACAGCUGGAAGUCUCGGAGUUUCUGUGCAGCUCCUCUAGCAAUCAGGAGACAUAGCUCUGGAUGGACAUGUGUAUUCAGAACAUUGUCCAGCUGUAUGGACCUGCAGGUGCACACCUCCCUGUCCUGUACCCUUAGAGGUU